GGAUGCCAACAGAAUAAACACAUCUUGGCAAUUCAAAAAACACCUUCAGCCUCUCCGCCAACGGAGCUCUAACCGAAAGGGGUGACUCGCACACCGGAGGAAAAGUCGUUUCACAGGGAGGGAGAAGAUGCCAUUCCACCAUGUGCGGGCGGGCCUGCUCUAUCCAGACAACUACCUGAGCAGCUCCCUGGCAGAGGGCAGCGAAGCCUUCCAGCUCACCAGCCUCUCCACAGAGGAGCUGGGAGAGAUCCGUGAGGCGUUCCGUGUUCUGGAUCGUGAUGGAAAUGGUUUCAUCUCCAAACAGGAGCUGGGCAUGGCCAUGCGUUCCCUGGGUUACAUGCCUAGUGAAGUGGAGCUGGCCAUCAUCAUGCAGAGACUGGACAUGGAUGGGGAUGGCCAGGUGGACUUUGAGGAGUUCAUGACGAUACUGGGGCCCAAACUGCUGUCAUCUGACAACAGAGAAGGAUUCCUGGGCAACACCAUUGACAACAUCUUCUGGCAGUUUGACAUGCAGCAGCUGUCUCUGGAUGAGCUGAAGCAGGUGCUGUUCCACGCCUUCCGGGACCACCUGACAAUGAAGGACAUAGAGAACAUUAUCAUCACCGAGGAGGAGAGCCUCAAUGAAACCUCAGGGAACUGCCCUGAGUAUGAGGGAGUUCAUCCCAAGAAGAAGAACAGGCAAACGUGUGUCAGGAAAAGCCUGAUCUGCGCCUUUGCUAUGGCUUUCAUCAUCAGUGUCAUGCUUAUUGCAGCCAAUCAGAUGCUGCGGAACGGCAUGGAGUAACCAAUUGCACUGUGAGCAUGGGGAGUGGACAGAACAGCCAUGACCUCACAUCUUGUCUUUGCAGCCAAAGCUGGACCACAACCCAAGCACUUCUCUAAACAAUCAGUUGAGGGGUUUUUGUUUGUUUGUUUGUUUGUUUUUAUUUUUUAAGUUUUUAAGUUUAAUUUGAACAGAACUUACAAAAGCAGAUAAUGUGAGUAAAAUGGAAAGAGUUGUAUUGAUGAUGUCACCACAUAGAGUUACUGGAUUUACUGAUCAUAGGGAACCUGAACUGCAAAAGAAAUCUGUUUUUAUAUAAAAUGCUGAAAUUAAGAGGGGGGUAUCAGUUUGCUGUUUUCGAGAUCAAGACCACCCUUUAAACUUGAUUUUCUAAUUGCCGAAAAUGUGCAUCAGGUGCUUUGAGCCAUUCCUAAAAUGAAUACUGGUUAUUAUGGACAACUUCAGAAGUUGCACUGAAUGUGAAAUGAGUGAAUGUGGGCACUGAA